UGCUUUUUUAAUUGGGGGUUCAGUACUCCUCUCGUCACUUUUUAUUUUAAUAUACCUCUUCUACUCUUGGCUUUGGAAGAACUAGUUUUAGUCAAAGAAAGAGUUUUCAAUCUUGUUAUUUCAGUAUCAUUUUCCAUGGCUGCAUUUUGGAUCAACAGCGCCCCAGAAAGGCAACGCCAUGUAUUCCUUUGUUCAUCAGCUAUAUCUAUGCGCUGCUGCUUUGUCUCAGAAAUAAUCAAAGCUUGAAUAUAGAGUUGAAGAGCUGAAAAAGGAUUCUGGACUUGGCAAGGAACCUCUCUCUGGUUCUUGAAUCUGAGUUUUAAGAAAAUGGAUUGCUGCUUUGUUUUUUGUUUGCUUGGAGUUGCCAUUUUUUUUUUCUGUUAUUUGAGUAAAAUUAAUUCAUAUUUUUGUUUGUUGGGAUUUUUUUCUCAGGUUAUAGGAGCUUCUCGUGGAUCUUCAUAAAAUUGCUCUUUAAACAGCAAGUAUCAUUUUCCAUGGCUGCAUUUUGGAUCAACAGCGCCCCAGAAAGGCAACACCAUGUAUUCCUUUGUUCAUCAGCUAUAUCUAUGCGCUGCUGCUUUGUCUCAGAAAUAAUCAAAGCUUGAAUAUAGAGUUGAAGAGCAGAAAAAGGUUAUAGGAGCUUCUCGUGGAUCUUCAUUAAGUUGGCAUAUAAGGUUGGAAAAUUGCUCUUUAAACAGCAAGGUUAUGCAACUUCUCCAUGGUGCUUGGAUGACCUAGAGAAGAAACAGGUGGUUUGACUGAUUUUAUAAAAAGUAGAUCAAUAUGACCUAAAUUAAAGAGCUUGGAAAAUUUUUAGAUGAACGUGGAGAAGGUGCAAAGUUUAAUAUCUGUCUUGUCAGAAGCUGCCAGUCUAUCUAGAUGCAUCAUUGGCCUUCUAACUCACAGGAAAUUGCUGGAGAUAUUUGGAAGACAUUGAAUAAGAGAUGUCAUCUACUUCCCCUAUAGAUUUUGUUGGAAUUGAUUCGCGCAUUGAGAGAGUUGAAUCCUUGCUAUGCAUUGGAUCAUUGGAUGUUCGCAUUGUUGGAAUAUGGGGAAUGGGUGGUAUAGGAAAGACGACUAUUGCUGAAGCUGUGUUCAAGCGUAAUCUUGCUCAAUUUGAAAGCUGCCACUUCUUUGCAAAUGUGAGGGAAGAGUCAGAAAAACAUGGGUUAUUAAAUUUUCGAAGUGAGCUUCUUUCUAAAAUAUGUGGGAAAGGAAAUUUUAAUAGAAGAACUCCCAAUUUUGGGUUCUCUUUCGGCAAGAAUAGGCUUUGUCGAAAAAAGGCCCUUAUUGUUCUUGAUGAUGUGAAUAGCUCAAUGCAAUUGCAAGAACUGUUAGUUGAUUUAUAUCAUUUGUUUGGCCAAGGAAGUAAAAUCAUUGUAACAAGUAGGGAUAGGCAAGUGCUCAAAAGUGGAGUUGAUGAAAUAUAUGAGGCUGAGAGCUUAAAUCGUGAUGAAUCUCUUCUACUCCUUAGCGUGCAUGCUUUUAACCAAAAUCACCCCUUCCAAGAGUUUAUGCAGUCAUCAAAGAGUGCAAUCUAUUAUGCAAAAGGCAAUCCACUAGCCCUUAUAGUUUUGGGUUGCUUUUUGUUUGAAAAAAGGAAAGAGGAUUGGGAAAUUGCAUUGAAUAAACUGAGAAGAACAUCAAAUGUGGGAAUAAAGAAUGUCUUAAGAUUAAGUUAUGAUGGAUUAGAAACCGAAGACAAGGAAAUAUUUCUUGAUAUUGCAUGUUUCUUUAAAGGCGAGGAUGUAUAUUUUGUGAAAAGAAUACUUGAUGGCUGUGGUUUCUCUAUGGAUUUAGGAAUUAACAUUCUUGUGGAUAAGUCUCUCAUUACUAUUUCAAACAACAAGUUGUGGAUGCAUGAUUUGCUACAAGAAAUGGGUUGGGAAAUUGUUCAGAAAGAAUCUAUUGAAGAACCUGGCAAACGUAGCAGAUUGUGGCACCACGAGGAUGUCUAUCAUGUGUUGACAAAAAAUACGGGGACUCAAGAGGUUGAGGGCAUAGCUUUAGACCUCUCUCAAACGAAAGAGUUGCGCUUGACCUCCAAUACUUUCAAGAGGAUGUAUAAUCUUAGAUUGCUCAAGUUUCAUGAUUCUGACUUUGAAAAUUUCUCUAAAGUGCACUUUCCUGAUGAAGGCCUUACAUUUCAUUCAAAUAAGUUGCGAUAUCUCCACUGGUAUAGGUACCCUUCAAAAUCCUUGCCAGCUAACUUUUGUCCUGAAAACCUUGUUGAGCUCAAUCUUCCUCGUAGCAAUGUUGAACAACUCUGGGAAGGAGUGCAGGACCUUGUGAAGCUGAAGCGGAUCGAUCUCAGUUACUCUGAGUAUUUGAUUCAAAUCCCAGAUCUUUCAAAUGCUAAAGAACUUGAGAGUUUGAAUCUUAAAGGGUGCACAAAUUUGGUUGAGGUCUCCUCAUAUGUUCAGAAUCUUAACAAGCUUGAAUAUCUGAAUAUGGAAGGUUGUAAAAAUCUUAGUUGUAUUCCGAGCACAUUUGCUUCCAAGCUUAUAAGAACUUUGAAUCUGGUUGGUUGCUCAAAUCUCAAGAAGUUCCCAGAGAUUGCAGGAAAUGUGGAAGAAUUAUUUUUAAAUUACACUGCUAUAGAAGUUGUUCCCUCAGCAAUUGAGUGCCUUACCAAGCUUGUCUCUUUGCGUCUCACAAGCUGCGCAAAGCUCAGAAGUUUACCAAGCCACAUUUGCAAGUUGAAAUGUCUUCGAAUGCUGAAUUUAUGUGGCUGCUCGAAACUUGAGAGUUUCCCAGAAAUUUUGGAGGCUAUGGAAGGUUUGAAAUACCUUUAUUUGGCUAACUGCAGAAAUCUUCGGAGUCUUCCGAACAGCAUUGGUAAUUUGAAAAAUCUUGCAGAGCUUGAUUUAAGAGGGACAAUGAUUAAAGAGCUACCCUCGUCCAUUGAGCAUCUAACUGGCCUUGAUCAGUUAGAACUACAGAACUGCAAAAGCCUGGUGAACCUUCCGGACAGCAUUUGUAAUUUAAAAUCCCUGAAAAAUCUUCACAUCGAUGGUUGUCCAAAACUUGACAAGUUGCCAGAGAACCUGGAUAAUUUAGAAUCUCUGGAGGAUUUAGAUAUAAGUGGAAGUGCUGUAAAACAACUGCCAUCCUCUAUCAUACAUUUAAAAAGUCUCGGAAGGUUAUUGUUUAGAGUUCAAGAUUCAGCAGGUUUAUUACAAAUUCCCACAGCAAUAGACAGACUAUCCUCAUUGAAGACACUAUUUCUAAGUGGAAACAACUUCGAAAGCAUACCUGCAAGCAUUGAACACCUUUCUCAGUUGCACUCGCUUGACGUGGCCUACUGCAGAAGGCUUCGCUCUCUGCCAGAGCUUCCUGGGAGUCUACAACAUCUAUAUGCACAUGAAUGCACAUCAUUAGAAAGUGUACUUAGCAGCAAACACUUCUCUGAGAUAGAUUAUACGCUUGAAAGUAGCAAUUUCAAGCAUUUUGCAUUUACCAAUUGCAUCAAAAUGGAUCAAAAGACUCGCAGAAGCAUUCUUGCAGGCACAGAGCAGAGAAUUCAAGUUGUGGCUACUGCGUCAGAUCAACUAUAUAAUGAUGAAAGGGGUUCGGUUAAAAUUCAUUUGCCUGGCGGUGAAAUUCCAAUGUGGUUCUGCAACCAAAAUAUGGGAUCUUCAGUAAGUAUGCAGCUUCAUUCAAGCUACAGUCAAUUAAAGGGAAUUGCUUUAUGUGUUGUGCUCGAAUUUGAGGAAAAUUAUGUGGAUUCCGGUUUGAUUGUUAGAUGCAAAUGCCACUUCAAAACAAACCACGGUGGAAGCAGUGAUCUGAAUUUCAAUUUGAAUAACUGGCUUCAAUGGUAUUACAAACCAAUUCUCUUUAAGUCAGAUCAUUUGUUUGUAUGGGAUGAUCCUUGCUUUGAAGCUAAUAUAAUUGAUGAAGAUUGGUUUGGUAAAUACAGUGAGGCCACUUUCGAAUUCUUUCCUCUAGAUUAUAAAGAAAACCUCUUACGGAAUUGCAAGGUGAAGAAAUGUGGAGUUCGUCUGCUAAUUUGUGAGAGGAUAGCCAUCAGAACCUAUAAUUCUGAUGAGGAAGAGGAACCAUGUCCUAAGAGAUUGAAAUGUCUCCAAGAAUAGCCAUGUGAAUCUGUACUUUUUCUUCACCAGUGUCUCUCUGUUUGAAAUGUAGAUUUUCAUGUU